AUGACAACUCUUAAUUUGAGUAACGACGAUGUUUUCAAGCUUAUUGACAUGUUUCAAGCAAGGGAUGUCCUGUGGAAUACAUUGUCAGAAGAUUACAAAAAUCGAAAUAAAAAACACGAUGCUUGGAUGGAAAUCGCCAAUGAGUUUAAUGUGGAAAAACAGUUAGUCGAAAAAAAAAUUAGGUCACUCAUAGGCCAAUUUCAAAGAGAGUACAAGAAACCUAAAUCAGGCGCAGGAGCCGAUGGACACACUAAAUGGUUUGCAUUUAAAAAGCUCAUGUUUCUAAAGGACCGAAAUAAACCAUCUUUAAGUUUAGAGGGUGGAUUGCAGCAGAGUAGUAAUAAUGAAAUAGAAAGAAAUCUAGAAGAAAAUACCGGCUUGACUGAGGGAAUUCCGCAAGAAAAUUCAUUUACUGUACCAAAACCAACAUUCAAUAAAAGAAAGAAGCGUGAAGAAAAGGACACAACGUCAGAAGAAGCUUUACAAUUGUUGAAAAAUAUGUAUGAAGCUCGGCAAUGUAAUAGAAAUGAAAUUGACGCCUUUGGAGAAUAUGUCGCAAUGAAACUCAAAGAAGUCAAGAACGAUUAUGCUAGAAAUACUGCCCAGUAUCAUAUCAACAAUAUUUUGUUUAAUGCAUGCACAGGAGAAUAUGAUUGGCAUCCAAAUAUGAGAAACGUGUCUGAUAUGCGUAACGGUAGGGGAUACAGUAGUGCAUCAGAUCCAUCCACCUCGAAAGCUAGUUACAGCACAGGUUACACUAGUGCACCAAGUCCAUUCACUUCGGAAGCCAAUAACAGCCGAGGAUACACUUGUGCACAAGUUCCAUCCACCUCGAAAGCUAGUAACAGCAUAGGAUACACUAGUACAUCAAGUUUCACUUCGGAAGCUGAUAAUAGCUCUGUAAUUUCAGAAUCAAGUCAAGAAUCUUUGAAUGACUUGUUGGAAUCUUUACAAGACGGAGAAUAGAUUCUUGUUUCUCUUAAGUUGUUUGUUACCAAUACCAAGCCUUUCUAUAAUUUUAAGACAAUAUUUUGUGGUUUAUUGGAAUCAUCCUAAAGCAUUUAUUAGAUUAUUGUAAAAUGUUACAUUUAGUUUAUUUUUUGUUGAAAAUUAUAUAAUGAUACUUUUUGAGAAAUGUUGAUUGUACUUAUCAUUUAGUAUAUAAAAAAUUGUUGAUCACUUACUUGUAUAAAUUUCUGCAAGCCCUCAAUAAGAGCCUCGCACACGUUGGGUAUGAUAGUAGAUAUAACUUGGUCUGAUAAUUUGAAUACAUCUCCAAGACUCACAUAGCUACUUCCUGUUGCCAAAAAUCUCAGGGUGACUGCUA